AGACCUGCUCUCGAUUCUAGAGCUCUUAGAGGGAGCAACGCAGACGACCGCACCGAAAUAAACUUUCCCGGGUUAUGUAAAGGCUGUAUGUGUGGCGUCUCCGCAUCCAUGGACUGCGCCGGUAUAAAGGUCGGCUCUGCCCCCAACGGUCCAAGAGUUGCUCGCGAACUUCACGCCGGCAAUCAUCGCGAGAGGAGAACUCUACAUGUGGCUGCUGCUCGUGGUGCUCGAUUGGCCGCCUACCUUUUUACGCCUAACGUUGUCUAUUCCGCUUUAAACCCACUGCAUCCACUCGACACAAAACGCCUCGUUUUCCUCCAGGGCGCCGCGAACCGCAAUUGCACAAACGCGCGACCAUCGUCGAGCCGGCAGCAUGCGUAUCUUGUUAUUAGCGGCUCUUUUCGGGCUCGUUCACGGUCAAUAUUUCCAAGAGCCAGAGAAGAUCGUAAGCUACUCGCGUGAUCUUGGCGACACCCGCGGUCACUACUCCUUUUCUUAUGAGACCGAGGGUGGCAUACUCCAACGGGAAAGUGGCAGCCGCAAAUAUGCAGGCACCUCUGACGAGACGCAGCUCAUUCAGGGUUCGGUGCAAUAUAACGCUCCGGAUGGCACCCCCAUCGCUAUGAGCUGGACCGCCGAUGAGUUUGGCACCCAAGUGUCCGGCACCCACAUCCCCACGCCACCGCCGAUCCCUCCGGCGAUCCAGCGUGCUCUUGAGUGGAUCGCCAAUCAACCGAGCACCCCCGAACCGAUCGAGAAGGACAACCCCACACAAAACGCGGUUCCCCGCGACAAUCGCCAAUACAGAAUAUCCUCGAAUAAGCGAAACUGAACGCGUGCGUUUGGCAAAGUAAUCUUAAAUCUGUUCAACAUCACUGCCUAUUUUUCCUGCCACUUUAUAUAAAACGAUGUUUGCAAUAAAAAAUUUAUAUUUUUAUAAAAGAUCUCGAAAGUGCAAUCUUAAGAUAGAUAAAUCUUGGCAAAAGUUGCAUCUCUUUUAUAACAUUUCCGCACUGAAAGGGUGAUUCUACAAAUAACAACGACUUAUUCUACUUUUCUAGUAGCUUUCUUGUAGUUUACGCUAUGAUCUCAUAAUCAAAUGCAGAAACAUGUUGAAAUGUAAAAAGACAAAUCCUUUUUUUUAUAUAGGCACAUUUGUCCUUUGUCACUUUUUUAUCAUUAUCAUCUAAAAUUAAGAUAAAUAAUCUACAUCUGAGAUUCAAACACAACACAUUACAUACAUGUAUGUACACAUUGACAUAAAUAAGUAGAUGUAUAUUUAGAUUAUUAUUUGAUAAAUAUGUUUUUUCUAUUUACUUCUUCUAUAUAUAAGUUUUGUUAAAUAAAUUUGGGCAAAUUUACCAAAUUAUACAGAUACAAUGUUAUUCUUAAGCUAAUCACUACAAUAAAUAGACUGCAUUUAUUUAUUUUUUAUUACGCGCAUUAUCAUAAUCCAGUUAUGUAAAUCUUAUUCUUUAUAUAUAUAUAUAUAUAUUUAUAUAUUUAAAUAAUAAUAUGGCAUAUUCCUUGCAAAUUAACUUGGUAUCUUAUCUAUAGAAUUGAAUUUAUUUAUUAAUAAAAAAAAUUCGAUUUUUGAAAUGUCAAAGAAUGCGAUUAAUAUUCGAAAUCAAGAUGCUAAUUAGUAUCACUAUUUAUCAUCAAGAUAUCAUUGUUGCAUAAUAUUUAUCUCCACAAAACAAUGAGUCAUAAAGAAGUUUUUGA